GGCGAUAUCCGCGAAAGAGAAGUUGAAGAUUUGUUCAUUAAGUAUGGACCUAUUGUUCAAAUUGAUUUGAAGAUUCCCCCGAGGCCUCCAGGCUAUGCUUUCGUUGAGUUUGAGGAUCCUCGGGAUGCUGACGAUGCAAUUUAUGGCCGUGAUGGUUAUGACUUUGAUGGGCAUCGUUUACGGGUGGAGCUAGCUCAUGGAGGGAGGCGUUCAUCACAUGAUGCUCGUGGUAGUUACAGUGGUGGUGGUGGUCGUGGCGGUCGUGAUGGUGGUGAUGGUGGUCGUGGGCGUGGCCCAUCUAGGAGAUCCGAGUACCGCGUUGUAGUGUCAGGUUUGCCUUCAUCUGCUUCCUGGCAAGACCUUAAGGAUCACAUGCGUAAAGGAGGAGAAGUCUGUUUCUCU